AAGGCAUAAAACUUACAUAAAAACAAAAGCCGAGUCAGGAGUUAUGGCAGCUCUAAACAAGUUUCUGGUUUCUCUCCUUAUUCUGGUGAUUGCAGUUGCAAUGCAGAGCCAGCAGGCUCAUUCGCAAAGCUGCCCAGCUCAAUUGAACAAUCUAAAUGUGUGCGCGCAGUAUGUGGUGCCUGGUUCUACUAACACCAACCCAAGUGCUGAGUGUUGUAAUGCACUGCAAUCGGUGCAGCAUGACUGCCUCUGCAACACUCUCCGUGUCACCGCCCGCCUUCCAUCCCAAUGCAAUCUCCCACCUCUCAGUUGUGCUGCCAACUGAUGCAGAAGUUAUCAUCCAGAGAAUAAUGUCAUUUCCAUUAUCGUCAACUUUUUUUUUUUUCUCUUUUUAGUUUUAAUGUAUUCCGAGAGUUCAAGCAGAAACUUCCAUAUCAAGAAAUAAAUAUAUUGUAGUUCCUCUUUUAAGGGACAUGCAUGGAACUUAAUUAAUUAAAUAGCUAAAUGUACUUAGCAAGCAAAUACUAUAUUUUAUAAUAGAAGUUAUUAAUUAAUAUUA